AUGUCCUUCAAUCAAUCAAAGUCCGAUAAAAGUGACACUGCGUACCGACGAUCCGGCCGAUCCGCUAGCUUCAAUCAGCAGCGAGGUUCCACCGGUGGUUCAUACGUUAAGAGCGGUACCGGCGGGGCCGCACCUUCAGUCUCCUCUUCUGGGAGUUUUAACAAGAAGUCUAAUAAUCAUGCACAAGGUGGACCAUCUAGGGUAAACCCAACCCCAGCAACUUCAACUGUGCCUAAUUAUGCUUCUGCAGUCCGAGCAACACCGAAUGGUUCCCAUGUACAACAGCCGCAUUUUCAUGGAGGGUCUGAUGCUUCAGUUACUAAUGCAACUGCCAAGCCAUCCGAAUCAUCAGCUGUACAAAGGAGCACCGAAGUUGUUUCUAAAGCUCCUAUUUCUCAACCUCCCUCCGUGAGUUCUGGUUCAGCAGCACCUGCAACUCCUGCUAAGGUAGAUGCAUCCAAGGCUUUCCCUUUCCAAUUUGGAUCUCUUAGUCCUGGUGUUAUGAAUGUGAUGGCAAUUCCUGCUCGCACAAACUCGGCUCCUCCUAAUUUUGAUGAGCAGAAACGUGAUCAGGCUCACCAUGAUUCUUUAAGGCCCGUGCCUUCUGUGCCAACACCUCCUGUUCCAAAGCAGCUGCCAGCAAAAAAGGAUACAGGUGCCUUUGACCAUAAGGCUGGGGAAACUCAUACUGGUACAGUGGCAAAAAAGGAUGCUCAAGUGUCACCUUUACCCCCAGCCAACCUAAUGCAGAAGCCUUCUGUUAUUCCUCUAGCUGGAAUUUCAAUGCCAGUGCCAUAUCACCAGUCACAGGCACCUGUACACUUUGGUGCUCCUAAUCUGCAAAUUCAAUCUCAUGGCAUGUCAACAGCACCUCUUCAGUUGCCCUUACCAGUGCCUUUUCCAAUUGUAAGUGCUGCACAAGUGCAACAACAGGUAUUUGUUCCAACUCUUCAACAUCAUCCUAUUCAUCCACAAGGAAUCAUGCAUCAAGUCCAAAAUAUAGGUUACAGUCCUCAAAUUGGUCAUCAAUUGCCCCAUCAUUUUGGCAACAUGGGUAUGGGCAUCAACCCACAAUAUUCCCCACAGCAAGGAGGAAAAAUGACUGUACCUCGGAAAACCACUCCUGUGAAAAUAACUCACCCUGAUACACACGAAGAGCUUAGACUUGAUAAAAGGGCAGCUGGUGGUGGGUCAUCAGGUGGUAGGUCUCACUCUGGCAUGCUUUCUCAAUCUCAAUCUGUCCAGAGCCAGAUAACAACCAAUGCUCAGCCACCAAGAGUUUCCUGUGACGUGCCUAAUGCAAUCCCGUCAACUCUUUUAGGGGUAUCUUCUGUAUCUAUAAAGCCAAGUGGUGGGUCUGAUAUUUUAAACUCAUCAUUUGCCAAUUCCAAUAUUUCUGGUGCUCAAAAGGGUGGAUCUCCUAGUUCCUCAGUAACAUCUAGUGAUGUUCACUCUUUGGUGCCACCAAAAGGGCCUGAAAUUUGUUCUGAAAUCUCUUCCCAACAAUCUACUGCUGCAUCUGCUUCUGCCGAGAAGCUUACAUCAGCUUCCUUGUUGCCUUCUUCAACUGCUAUUAGUGAGAAUUCUGUUUCAGCUGUAUCCAAUAAUGAAGACAGAUACAAGGAAUCUCUUAGUAGGUCAAAUUCUUUGAAGGAUAAUCAGAAGAAACUACAAAAGAAAGGCCAAUUGCAGCAUCAGGUGGCUGUGCAAUCUUCUGCUGUGGUUAAUAAGCCUUCCCUAGCUGGUGAUGGUUGUAUCUCUGAUUGUGUAGUUUCUGAAAUUGUAGGAACUAAAACACCCUAUUCUGCAGCAACUGCCAAUGAAGAUCUUUUAGCAAUAGCUUCUGGCACAAAUUCAGCUACCAGUGAGAGCUUGCCUUCUUCUGUUGAAGAGAAGACCAAUGGUUCUACACAGGUGUCUGCUUAUGCUUCAGCUGAAGGACCUGUUACUCAAGUUGUAGAUAGCUUGAACAAUCAUAUGAGUGAUACGCUAGAUGUAUUAUCACGAGAGGGUCAACAGCUGAGGCAGAACAAAUUAGCUGGUGAUAAAACUGAAAUUUCAACUAUGCAGAUAAGUAAAAAUGUUAGUGAUAACGGGGCAGAAUUUAGCCACCUCAAAAAAGGCGCUUCAGAAUUAGGCACUGGGGUUGUAACUUCAAGGACUGUCCUGCAAGGAAUGGAUAGAAUUGAAUCUUCAAGUUGCAGCACAGAUUGUGACAGGAUGGCUGAUAAUUUAGGCAUGUCUACUUCUGCAUUGGAUUCUAAAGAUGCCUCUUUAAGCAGAAACGAAGGUGUAGUUAGUAAUGAAGCCACUUCUACAAAUUCUGGCACAUCAGAUCAUCAAUCUUCUGGCCAUCUUGAAACAAAUUUAAAACAUUGCAAGGAUGGUUCAGAGGAUUCUGGCACUGGCUCAGCCUCUCUUCUGGCAGCAUCAGUUACUAUGGACAAACCAGUUUUAGAGCCAAGUAAGGUGAAAGGUACAUCAAAGGGGAAAAAGAAACGAAAAGAAAUUCUUCAGAAAGCAGAUGCUUCUGGGUCAACAGCUGAUCUUUAUAAUGCGUAUAAGGGACCUGAGGAAAAGAAAGAAGCUGUUGCAAGUUCAGAGAGCACUGUAAAUGUUUCUACUUCUGGAAAUUCGAAGCAGCUGCCUAUUGAUGCUGCUCAGCCAGCUGUAGUUGCAAAUGAACAAUGUGGGCAGAGUAAGGCUGAACCUGAGGACUGGGAGGAUGCUGCAGACAUGUCCGCACGAAAACUAGAAGUAUCAGAUAAAACUCAACAGGACAGCAAUGGUAGUGCAGUCACUGACAAAAAGUACUCUCGAGAUUUCCUUUUAAAAUUUGCAGAGCAAUGCACUGAUCUUCCUGAAGGGUUUGAAAUCACGGCAGACUUAGCUGAAACUUUGAUGGGUUCUAAUAUUGGUUCUCAUGUUAUUGAACGCAAUUCACAUCCUUCUACUGGCAGAAACACAGAUAGGUCAGGUGGCAUGUCUCGGAUGGAUCGUCGUGGAAGUGGCAUUAUUGAGGACGAUAAAUGGAGUAAAGCUUAUGGUGCUUUUCAUUCUGAUAUGCGCUUGGAUGGUAUUGGAGGUAGUGCAGGAUCCCGACCAGGCCAAGGAGGUAAUUUUGGUGUUUUAAGGAAUCCGCGCACACAGACAGCUAUGCAAUAUGGAGGGAUUCUAUCUGGGCCAAUGCAAUCCAUGGUAAAUCAGGGAGGAAUGCAAAGAAAUAGCCCUGAUGGUGAAAGGUGGCAGCGUGCUGCUAGCUUCCCACAGAGGGGUUUAAUUCCAUCUCCUUCUCAAUCUCCUUUGGUGACGAUGCACAAAGCUGAGAAGAAGUAUGAGGUUGGUAAAGUAACAGAUGAGGAACAGGCGAAGCAGAGACAAUUGAAGGGUAUAUUGAACAAGUUAACUCCACAGAACUUUGAGAAACUUUUUGAACAGGUAAAAGCAGUUAAUAUUGACAAUGCAGUCACUCUCACUGGUGUCAUCUCACAAAUCUUUGAGAAGGCCUUGAUGGAACCUACCUUCUGUGAAAUGUAUGCCAAUUUCUGUUUUCAUCUGGCAGCUGCAUUGCCUGAUCUCAGUCAAGACAAUGAAAAGAUAACAUUUAAGAGAUUAUUGUUAAACAAGUGCCAGGAAGAAUUUGAGAGGGGUGAAAGAGAGCAAGAAGAAGCUAAUCAAGCUGAUGAGGGUGAGGUGAAACAGUCUGACGAGGAAAGAGAAGCAAAACGAUCCAAGGCUAGAAGACGAAUGUUGGGUAAUAUCAGAUUAAUUGGAGAGCUAUAUAAGAAGAGAAUGCUGACAGAGAGGAUAAUGCACGAGUGCAUAAAAAAGUUACUGGGUCAGUGUCAGAAUCCUGACGAAGAAGAUAUUGAAGCUUUAUGCAAACUGAUGAGUACUAUUGGGGAGAUGAUUGAUCACCCCAAAGCCAAGGAACACAUGGAUGUGUAUUUUGAAAGGAUUAAAUUAUUAUCAAACAACAUGAGUUUAUCGUCUAGGGUGAGGUUCAUGUUGAAGGAUACCAUUGAUUUGAGAAAGAAUAGAUGGCAACAAAGGAGAAAAGUUGAAGGUCCAAAGAAGAUUGAAGAGGUUCAUCGAGAUGCUUCCCAAGAGAGGCAAUCCCAAGCUGGUAGGCUGGGUCGUGGUAUGAGUAUUAGCGCAGCAAGAAGGGCCCCUAUGGAUUUUGGUUCAAGAGGUUCAUCUAUGUUAUCCCCUCCUAAUGCUCAGAUGGGUGGAUUGCCCACUCAAGUUCGUGGGUAUGGUUCUCAGGACGUCCGUGGAUAUGAAAGGCAAUCAUCAUAUGAGGCUAGGACACUGUCUAUUCCCUUGCCUCAAAGACCUUCAGGUGAUGAGUCAAUAACCCUGGGACCCCAAGGCGGUCUUGCUAGGGGAAUGUCCAGUAGAGGUUCUCCUGCAGUUUCAAAUUUUGCUGGCCUUAACAGUUAUAGUAAUUUACCUGAGAGCGCUUCAUACAGCCCUAGGGAGGACUUCACACCAAGAUAUAUUCCAAAUAGAUCUGCUGGUCCAACUGCUUAUGAUCUAUCAAGUGCUCAAGACCAUAGUAUGGAUUAUGGUAAUAUGGAUUUGAGAAAUGCAGAUAGGUUUCUUGAUAGACCUGGUGUGAGUUCACCUCCUGCCCAAGUACAAGAGACAGCAGUCUCCCUGAAUACCUCUUCAGAAAAGGGUUCGUCAGAUGAGAAACUACAGAACAUGUCCAUGGCAGCAAUUAGAGAAUACUAUAGUGCUAGAGAUGUGAAUGAAGUUGUUUUGUGCGUCAAAGAUCUGAACUCUCCAAGCUUUCAUCCUUCCAUGGUCUCUCUCUGGGUCACAGAUUCAUUUGAGAGAAAGGACACACACAGAGACCUUUUGGCCAAAUUGCUGAUGGACCUUGUAAAAUCUCAUGGUGGUACCUUAAGUCAAGCCCAGCUCAUCGAAGGGUUUGACUCUGUUCUAAGUACAUUGGAAGAUGUGGUUACGGAUGCCCCAAAAGCACCAGAGUAUCUUGGCCGCAUUUUUGCCAAAGCUAUAACAGAGCAUGUAGCCUCUUUGAAAGAGAUUGGGCGGUUAAUACAUGACGGUGGAUAUGAAUCAGGGAGCCUCUUACAAAUUGGACUUGCAGCUGACAUUCUUGGAAGCACCUUGGAAGUGAUACAAACAGAGAAGGGUGAUGCCUUCUUGAAUGAGGUUCAGACAAGCUCCAACUUGCAGUUGCAGACCUUCCUGCCUCCAGGACCUAUUAAAUCUCGCAAGCUAGAGAAAUUCAUUUAG